GCGACACAUCACUAUCCGUCAUCGGUUUACGGCACCGUUCAGCAGCUAUCUUCCACAUGGCCUCCGACUCCGACCCAUACUAAUUUGAUGAGUUGUCAGAAAAAAAUAUUCUGCUCAAAAUACAUUGAAUUGCUUUUGAAAUGGGAAAGAGCAAAACCACCAAAUUCAAACGUCCGCAGUUCAACGCUGAGGGUUUACCAGUGAACGCAGUGAAAGAUGAAGAUGAGGACGAAAACUACGGCGAGAGCUGCCCUGCUGCUGAGCUGUUGGAGAAAUUACAGAGCCCCAGCGCAGAUGUGCGAGAGUUUGCAUGUGCCAGCAUUUCUCGCGUAGUGCAGCAGAGCCACACUAUACCAGGAUUCCUGCAAAGAGAUGCUGUGAGGCGCCUGGGCCCCAUGCUGUUGGACAGCAGUGUUGCUGUCAGAGAAACCGCAACAGGAGCCCUGAGGAAUCUAAGUGCCUGUGGAGGUCAGGAGGUGUGUGAAGAUAUGGUGAAGCAUGAUGUCAUGACUCCACUCACAGUUCUGCUGAGAGAGUGCUGUUCUGGAUUUGAGAUUUCUGUUGUGCCAAUGGAAGAUAAGAGGAAUCCAGUGGAGCAUGUCGCUAAUGAAGCUGUGAACUUGCUGUGGAAUCUGUGUGAGAGCAAUACACAGGCUGUCUCCAUUUUUAACAAAGCUGGUCUCCUGGAUGUGGUUGUCCAAUGUUUGGAGAAAUACCCACACAAUGUAGAACUGGCCAUAUCUGCUGCCCACUGUUUACACACUGUGACUGAGGAUAACCCAGAGCUGCUGUGUAGCAUAAACACUACUGUACUUGGAGCCCUGGAAAAUGUGCUGCUGUCAUCUCAGGAGAGCAUGGCUCACACUCUCCUCAGAGCACUAACUGCAGGGAUUUUAUGGAACAUAAAAAGUAGUCUUCCUGCUGCUCACCAGGCCCAAAUCCUCAACACUGUUGUAGCAACUUUGUCGCAGUGUUUGGAUAUAGAUGCUGGAGCCAUUAUCCCUAGACUCAGACAGGCAGAGGAGGACCGCUACCUGAACACAGGGGCUGGUGUGGAAAAUGAAACCUCGAAAGACUUUCCUGUGGAUGAGAUGGGGGAAGAGGGAGAAGAACCAAAUCCAAAGAUAAACGGCAACAGCAAAGCUGUCAAUAUCGAUUAUGAUGUCUCAGACUUAUUGCCUAGGGUUAGAGAGGAGUUGAGAGAGGCGACAGCUUUAUUGACAGCCCAGCAAACGUCUUUGGAGAUCAUUGUCAACAUGUGUUGUUCUGAUGAUCCUUCAGAUGAUGAAUGGGAGGAGUCCUCAAGCAGUGAUGAGAGUGAAUUAGGGCCAGAUAGCCUUUGUGAUGGAGUGUCAAGCCUUAUGUCUCCCUUGUGUUUAUCUGCUGAAGUUCAUGGAGCUUUAAUUAUGCAUUGCAUUCCCCAAAAGGUGAUCAAAAAGACUGAGUUCCCUAGCCCUGAAGCUAUUAAGAUAUGCCACCCAAAUCCUGCAUGGAAAUGUCUAAUUAAAAGAUUGGAGAGAGUACAGACACGAGCUUUGACAUGCCUUCAUAGUAUCCUUUCUACGAUGGAUGUGGAGUCUCUGGGAGGAGUAACAGCUCUGCAAGAGGCAGCACUGCACCUCUCAUCAUUAGUUUUUGGAGAGUCAGAAAUACCUAAUGAUGCUGAAUUUCUAGAAGCUGUAACUAGUGCUUUGAGAUCACUAUUGCAGACCAUUGCUUCCAAAAAUAUUCCACAGUGUAUGACACCCCAGCAACUCUUGAGUCUGAGUGAAGCAGCCAGCCGCUGCGAUGUUGUCAGCGUGAGAGUCAAUGCUGUUGCCAUUCUGGGUAUAACUGGCAGUAUUUUGGCAAGGGAGAAAGACACGGCAGAAACAAUCCAGCUUAUUGGAAAUGCCUUACUACAAAUUGCCUCCAAAGAUACUGACCUUGUUGUAAAUGGAGAAGCUCUUGAUGCUUUAUUUGACGUUUUUGCGGAUGGCGAUGAGGCAGAGAUGGCUGCCAAAAACAUUCAGUUGCUCCCUGCACUCAAAGCACUUCAACCUGUAUUUAAGGCCAAGAUUCGAAAAGAGGGAAGAGGAAAGUAUGCCCCACAACAGCUUUGUGUGCUAGACAAUGUGAAAACCAACUUGAGAAGAUUCAUAAGUUAUUUAGAAAAGGUGGUGAAAAAAUGAUCUUUCAGAAGGCCCUAUUAGGUCAUAUCCAUUAAAUAUGUACAAAUUGGCCAAUUAUCCAAUCAGGCAUUGAAGGCAUCUAUCUAGACAGUUAGUUUGAGUUAAUAUCCAGAAGUCUUUGUCAUUUCUUAAAAUACUGAUCUGAAGAGCUACAAUUUAUCCUUCCCUAAGGGGUGGAGCGCUAGAUUAAUUCUAGUUCUUUGCACUAGUACUUUCAUAACAGACAUUGGCUUCUCGUUGGCCAAAACUUCUUGAUUUCAAAAACUCUGCCGAGAUGGCUACCUUCAAAGCUUGAAUAUCGUGGAUGGCUCCUGGACGAAUGAGGGAUAACCUCAACAGAUAUGUUAUCAGAAUCUUAUUUAUUACUGUGGCAGUAAAGCAAAUAUUGCUUUGUUGCUUCUUCUAAUUUACUCUAUUUACUGUUUUAAAUAUUUGUACUGCAUUUUGCAGUAUAUUUUGUUUUAAAAAAAUUUUUUUCAUUUCUGUCUCAUAUCUUCUAUAGGAUAUACAUAUUUCUUUGCGUAACCACUUAGACACAAACUUAAAGUGCAUAUGACAGUUUAGAGUGGGACCUAAACUCCGCCCAGAGCCAUAGUCCAGACAUGCUCUUAAACUGGGCAAUGUCUGAGGAGAAUGGAGGGAUAGGAGGGGUGGGUCUGGACCAACAAGGAACAGCACGACUUGCACUUCAAACUCUGCCCCUGCAGGUAUGAUGUCAUAGGCCUCUUGUGCGGCAUUCAUGUGAUCUCAGAAACUUGAAAACUUAAUUGUUCAGCUAGACAGACUGGCCAGAUGACUACCACGCUAGAUUAACUUGAUAAAAGUUCAUAAAAACAUUUACAAAUGACAAUUGGAUUUUUUUUCAGAGGAUUAUUGGCGUGAGUUUGUCUGAGGAGGUGACGAUAACUUAAUGAUAAAUAAGAUAUUUUUGCUUUUUUUUGGUUUCAAAUUCAUUAAAUGUGUUAAAUUUGUGAAGUAGAAAGGUCAGUGUGAUAUGAAACAAAAUCCUAUAGCGGGGUCCUGUCAAUACGAUGUAGACUUUGGAACUCAGAAUCCAAGUCUUCCGCAUGAGUUACAGAAUUUAAAAUCUGACAUGAAUUUGAAGAUUGAACCUCCAACUCUGAAAAAUGGACACCAAGUUUCCAAGAUCUUAUGAAUGCAGCAUUAAAAUGUAAUGGCAGAGUUUAAGCAUAGUUGACAGCAUACACAGUUUUGGAUCACAAAGCUGCAAAUUAACCUAGUUUGGACUAAAACAGAAAAAAAAAAAAUUAUUUAGUCUUUUGUCACACUUGUUUUUCUUUGUGUCUUUGCUUGGUUGGUGAUAAUACAUAUGGUUAAUAGUUUUACCCCAAUCAAGUGGCAGGCUGGGAAGGAAACUGGUGGAGGGCAAGUCAAAGAAAUGAUGAAAGAUUAAUUUUGCAUACAGGAAAUGCAUUCCAUUUGCAAUUUUUUUUUCA